AUGAGCCACUAUCCUCAAGACAUCGAGGAGUGGCUUGACUCUCCCCGCCGUCAGAGCGCCGUAUCCACGUCGACGGGGGAUUCGGCGUCUACCAGUAUUCUCUUUUCAAGUCCGGCCACCUCCCCUGGCUCCAGAUCGCGGAAACAGUCCUGGCAGCUGUACGACGAUGUUGUUCGACUCGAGUUGAACCCAUCCGUGACAAUCUCUUUUAUGAAGAACGGACAGCUAUUCAAGCUACGAUACACUUUUAUCGAUGUUUGCAAAGACGCGACCGGGUCACUGAAAUGCCUGGAGCUGGGAGGAGGCGUGGGCCAGCAAUCGCCUUUUGUGCAUGCCUUCCACAAUACAAAACUACCCGUACCACAUCUCGAGCAUCCCAAGAUGCCCAAUGAGCCACCUAUGCGCGUUAGCUUUCUUGAGCAACAGACCGUCCAAGCGGCUUAUACGCUGUUCAUGACCCAGUUGUCAUAUACCUUUGAAUCAUGGGAUGACUGCGUCCAAUUCCAGGAAUUACUACUCGGAUCCAAACUGAUGCUCAUUGCGGGUAUCGCGGAGGCCAAGUCCAAGGGCCGUGGGGAGGAAUGCAUCAGCCAAAAUAUCCGGAUCCUGCGCGGACACAAUAAUAAACGGGUAAUGCUUUUCUUCGCCAACUCCCAACGAAAGGAGCUAAAGCGAUAUGUCUCGAUUCCUCUCAACUGUAUCGAGCAUGUUAAGCCCGGCAAAAAGGCCGGCCGCCCGGUGGUCUUGGAUCUGAAUCCGAACUUCGACAUUCUAGAGCAGAUGCGAGUUUUGCAAAUUCAGUUUCUGGAUGACAAUGGUCAGUAA